CUUACAUUUUCAUUCUUUCGUUCUCUCUCACACUCCUCUUCUCACACCCAGAUAAGAUCACACACCAUUGCUCUCUGUAGGCUCUAUCUCUCUCACACAAACGGAGACUCUCUCUCUUGCUCGCUCCCUUCCCGAUGCUCUUGCAUUCUCCCGCUCACUCCCUCUCUCACUCUCUAUCAGUGCAUGCAUGUGUUCGGAGGGACUGUGAGGCUAGUUAUUAUAUGAGCUGCACGAGACUGAGAGGACAGGGAUAACAAGUGGAACAGACAAUUAAGCAGAAGCUGAAGCCUGAUGGAGGGACAUUAAGGACAAGGACAAGAGUGUGACACUGUUAAAGAAGACAGGGUAACUUAACACAAGCAGGGAAGACUGACAGGUAUUGAGGAGAUGGCUGAGGCACCAAUACAGCAAGACACACAAGAAGAAGAAGAGCAGCAAACAGAGGAGCAAUUGAGCUCCUCUGGAUCUACUGACGCUGAUGAAGAUGUUGAAGACUUGAAAGAGGACAUUCAGGCGCCCCCGAGUAGACCCCUGCUGUCCAUGAGGUCCUUGAGCAUCGUGGACCCUGAUGACGAUUCGCCAAACAUGAUUGUCUACAGAAAAAUUGAAGACAUUGUGACUCUCAUCCAGGAUGAGACAGAGGGUGUUCCUAUCAGGACAGUAAAAAGCUUCAUGACCAAAAUCCCCAGUGUUGUUACAGGUACAGACAUUGUACAAUGGAUGAUGAAGAACCUGACUAUUGAUGACCCAGCUGAAGCCAUGCACAUUGGAAGCCUCAUUGCAGCACAGGGCUACUUCUUUCCAAUCUCAGACCAUGUCCUCUCUCUUAAGGAUGAUGGCACCUUCUAUCGUUUUCAGGCACCAUAUUUCUGGCCGUCUAAUUGUUGGGAGCCUGAGAACACCGACUAUGCCAUCUAUUUGUGCAAGCGGACCAUGCAAAAUAAGACGAGGCUGGAGCUAGCGGAUUAUGAGGCGGAGAACCUCGCCAGGCUUCAGAGAGCCUUUGCUAGGAAGUGGGAGUUCAUCUACAUGCAGGCUGAGGCCCAGGUCAAGAUUGACAGGAAAAAAGAUAAAACCGAGAGGAAGAUCCUUGACAGCCAGGAGAGAGCCUUCUGGGAUGUCCACCGGCCCGUGCCUGGAUGUGUGAACACCACAGAGAUGGACAUCAGGAAGUGUAGACGUAUGAAGAAUCCUCAUCGAGUUAAGAAGUCAGUGUAUGGUUUGGCAGAGGAGGGCACGCAGUCACGCAGUCCAAUCCAUACUCCUUCACACCACUCUAGGAAAGGAACCAAGGAAGAUGUAGAGAAGGAGAUCUUAUUCCUGAACUCCCAGCUAGAUCGACACUGUAUGAAAAUGUCCAAAGUUGCUGAAAGUCUGAUAAGCUACACCGAGCAGUACUUGGAGUACGACCCCUUGGUAACACCACAGGAGCCUGCUAACCCGUGGACGAGUGAUGACCAGUCCUAUUGGGACCUGGAAGCCAGCAAGGAGCCCAGUCAGCAGAGGGUAAAGAAGUGGGGUUUCUCCCUGGAGGCGGCUCUGAAAGACCCAGCUGGACGUGAUCUCUUUCUCAAGUUCCUGGAGUCUGAGUUUAGCUCUGAAAAUCUGCGGUUCUGGUUGGCCGUCCAGGACCUGAAAAGAAUCCCGCAGCAAGAAGUCGCUCAGAGAGCGCAGGAAAUCUGGGCUGAGUUCCUGGCAGAAGGGGCUCCCAGUUCCAUCAAUUUGGACUCUCACAGUUAUGAGCGUACAAGCCACAACCUCAAAGAUCCUGGACGCUACAGCUAUGAGGACGCACAGGAUCACAUCUACAAGCUGAUGAAGAGUGACAGCUACACUCGAUUCCUGCGCUCCAACGUUUACCAGGACCUGCUUAACUCAAGAAAGAAGCUGGAGACAGAGCAGGGUCGACGGACCUCACUGGAGAAGUUCACCCGAAGUGUGGGCAAGUCACUGACUGGCAAACGCCUGACGGGCCUCAUGCAGUCAUCCUGAAGAUAUUUGGCCUACAAGCUGGACGUGUGCUACUCAACAAAGUUGCAGAAAGACCUUGGCGUACGCGUGCGCGGUAUUGUGCUGGACUGGACCGCCAUCGCGCUUCAUAACUCUCUUCAGAUGAGUUUAAAAUAAGGCCGACAGCAUGCAAUAAAUCAUCUGAGGUGACUCCGGGACAACAGAGUGACAGUGCAGAACACAAUACUAAUAAUAUGAAAAAAAGUAAGUGGAAUCUGUCCUUUCUCAUGUUUGGCAUCGAGCUUACAAAGCUGUCCAUUUACUUUAAUUGAUGUAAAGAAAAUGAACCUUGGCUGACAAUUUAAUGAGAUUAAUGCUGGGGUUAGACCUUCUAUGGACGUGACUGAGCAUCUGUCACCAUGGCGAUGGAAGAUGGAUAGCUGUGAUUGACAGGGAAAAUAUUCAUGAUGACUGCCCACUCAAAGUGGAUUCAGUGGAAGAUUGCAUAAACAGUGACGUUAAAAUAAGGAAAAAUACUACUUAAUUAAGCUCUGUAUGGUGAUUGCUUUACAAAACAAGCUGUAAUGCUAAAAAUCACUUGUGCGUUGAUAUUUUCCAAUGUAUUAAAAUCUUCCAAACAUUCCACUUCAUGCAGAAACAGCUUUAAAUAUAAUGGGCAACUCUCCAACCAUUCUUAUGUGAAGAAGAGUAUGAUAAUAAAAGAGGAAUGCACAAGACGUUGACUUGGCCAAUUAUUGUGGAAAUUUCAUCACAAGAGAUGGAAACACUGACAAGAGUAUACUAUCCAGUACAUGUAACUCUACUUAUUAAUGCAUAAGAUACUGCAGUAUUUUCAACUUCGUAUUUUCUACUAACUCCAAAGGGAGAAUAGAAUGUUUAGGUGUGGGGAGGAGUUAUUCAACAAGAGCUAGACUGAGACUCAUUGCUGUUGCAGUACCGCCACCUACUGGAAAUUAACCCAGAUACAUGCAGAAAUUCAAAAUGUACAGUCUUGGACGAAAUUAUUGUCACCCCUGGAAUUUAUCAAGAAACACACACCGUUUCUCUCAAAUAUUAACGCAGUUACAAAUGUUUUCAGUAUGAAUGUGUUUAUUUUUUCGAUUUGCAUUGGAAAAACACAAAAAAGCUGAAAAGAAAAGCCAAAAUGUACACAAUUUUACACAGAAUGCAAAAAAUGGGCUGGGCAAAAUUGUUGGCACCCUCAACUCAAUAUUUGGUUGCGCAUCCUUUAAUAGAAAUCAAUCGCUUCCUAUAACCAUCAACAAGUUUCGUGCACCCCUCAUAUGGGAUUUUGGACCACUCUUCUUUUGCGAACUGUUCCACUUCUCUCAGAUUUCGGUGCCUUCUUGCAACAGCAAUUUUGAGAUCUCUUUACAGAUGUUCCAUAGGAUUUAAAUCACA